AUGUCAGAUUGCUACAGAAAUCCACAAAAUCAAACAAAACCAACCGGCGUUAUUUCAACACCAGACAACAACACAACAUCUGUUUUUGAUAGUUAUAAUGCUAGUGAUACUCAAGAGGAUUUAAUAGAGGUCAAAGCCAAUGCUGACCCUAUAAUGAAGAUAUUUGAACCAUUUGUAAAUACGGAUAGUGUUUCACUUUUGAACAAUCCAACACAAUUUAUUCCUGUUCAAGUAUUACGCGAUACUGGAGC